CUGACAAUGAAUCAAAUGGGUAUGAGGUUGUAUCCGAAUGCCAGUGUGUGCACUAAAUUGUCUUUUUAGGUUCUAAAAAUGGUUUGAGUAACAACCAAAAUGCUCAGCUAUAUCACAACUUGAUGACAAGAAUAAUUGUUCAACAUCUGACAGUGUCAAGAGUACUCAACCAUCAUGGGAUCCAAGAAAGCGCCAGGCAAUACUCUGGUUGCCUUCGAGGAUGAUCUCAAUUCAAUCGUUAAAGAGUAUUUAGAAUUCUGCACCUUCAAUGCAACACUGAAAUCAUUUGAGUCUGAGAGUAGAGAGAGGGGUAAACCCUUGAAGCCGCUGCCGAAGAGACCAUGGGAUAUGAAGAAGAAAGACUUACAGUCCAACUUGCUCUCCCUGUUCAAAGUUGGUUCUCGUAAGGAGUUCUUCCACCUCUGGGAUGAGAACAUUCCUGAGAGCGUGAAGUCCAACGACCCUGUCUGCAAGAAACUGGAGUUUUAUCUCAGCAUCUACUUUGCUAUCUAUCCCAUCAAAUAUCAACUCAGCACAGGCAAAAAGAGCAAGAUGAAAGUAGAGGACUCCAUGUUGUCAUUCAAGACGUUUCUUGAAUCGCGAGGAGCCGCGCUCAGCCAAACCACGGAAUUCCUUCCCUUCUACGCCCUUCCAUUCGUUCCAGACCCGACUAAGCACCCUUCCUACAAGGAACUGUUUCAAGACUCAUGGGUACCAGACCUUCAGAUUCGUCUGGAGAAGUUUCUGAUGCUGACGUUGCCUGCUCAUCCACAGCCGAGGCUGUUUGAGAUCUACCAAGAUCUCAAUAACAAAAAUGCCGAGCAAAUGAACCAGUUACAGCAGAAUGUAGUCGAGGCUGAGAAGCGGUGUAUGACGUACAUCAAACGCUACAACAAGCUACAGUCGGACUACCACAACUUAAUAGGGAUCACAGCAGAGCUUGUGGACUCCUUGGAAAGCUGUAUUAAUGGUGACCCGGUAACCCCGGAGUACUUACAGACCGUUUGUCAGCGACUGUUCUCCAAUCAACUCCGUGAAUCUGUGGAUAUCAACAGACCCUCCACGGCUGGAGAGAUGUUUCGUGCUUCAUUUGCACCUCCAAGCCCGAUUCCCGAGGAAAGAAGUAAGGAGGAGGUACCUUUACUACCAUCACUAGACUACGACAGAGUGAAACAUGACAUGGUCAAGGCUCCGUCAAGACGACGAGAAUUAUUGCUGCAAGCUCUAAGAUGGCGUUUGACACGUAGUGAACCUGGUGGACAGCGAGACACUGUGCUAGCUGCUUACAUACAGCAUGACUUGUUGGGAUGUGCUGAGGAUGAUGAACAUAGAGAUGCUAUGAUGGAUGCACUUACCUCUGGGGAGGAGGUGACCCAGCAGUAUAUGGCCAGGCUCUUCAAUGCUUUUGCGUCUCUUUCAACAGGGAGGAACUAUCUUGGCAAGAAUGAAGAGAUAGUCUCCGUGCUCCAGUUGGCCUUACAAUCAGAAGACAAGGAUCCUAUCACUAGAGAGAAUGUACUGGGAGCUCUGCAGAAACUCAGUCUCAAGCGACAUCUACAAACAUCCAUGAUCAAUGCAGGAAUCAUCAACUGGCUGGUGGGUGUGCUAGAAGAUAGUGACUCCCUCUCAGAUUACACCCUGGAGUAUUCAGUAGCACUCUUGAUGAACUUGUGUCUCAGAACCGCAGGAAAGAAAAACUGUGUGACUGAUCGGACCAAGAUGCUGAAGGUUUUGAGUGACUUAUUGGGACAUGAAGACCAAGAGAUUCGUCCCUAUGUGAAUGGCACCUUGUACAGCAUCCUUUCUGUGCCAGAAAUAAGAGAAGAAGCUAAGGCAAUGGGGAUGGAGGAAACGCUGAAAUGUUUCAUCAAAGAUGACACACCAGAGAUGAACCGACAGAUACACUUCAUCAUCAAACAGCUAAACACAGAUGUCAUCAGUGAAGACGCUGAAUCAGACGAUGAAGAAGAGGAGGAAGAUGGAGAGGAAGAUCAGGACCAAGAUGCGAUGGAAGCAGAUUUAGACAAAGCUGAAGCCAUCAAGGCUAAACCUGGUGAGCUAGCAGGAGAGAAACUACUCAGCACUGAGUACCUAGGGGGCUCUGCGAUGAAUGAGAAGCCAUUUUCCAGACCAGACACAGAGCGCCGGUCAGCUGCGACCAAUGUCCAACGGUCAGCGGCAUCAGUACGACACUCAGCUGUGGAUGUUACUGAUGGACAACAAGACAUUCCACCAGCAACCAAUGAACCAAAUGGACAGGUUGUUAGGCCACCAACUCGCAGCGGCAGUCGCAGCAGUCAACACUCACAAGCAGCAGCAGCAGCAGCAGCGGCAGGGGACUCAAAUGACAAAGAGCUGAGUGAAUUGGAACUUGAGAGAGGAAAAACAUUUUCAAGACAAACAGCGGAUAAGAAACCAGAACGGACUCCUUCCUCUAAAUCAGUAAACAGUGUCAAUGGGAAGAGUAAAGCACAGAAUGAAUAUGAGCUGGCGUUCUCCAGUCGUCCUAAGAUCCCGCGUGAUUCUACCUCAUCUAAGGGACGUCCCAGCAGUCGUGGUAUGACCCCUCCACCUGCUCCUAAGGCAUCAGGAUCACCUCCUAUGAACAGACCUAGCACUGGGGGAAGUAGACAAACUAAGAAGGGUAGCAGGUCUGGUGUAAGGAACGCUAGUCUGCCUCCAGUUGAGAAUGUGGAAUUGGAUUACCAAGCUAUAAAUAGACCCAGCAGUACCUCUAGUGUGGUGUCAGUCAUGAGUUCAGUCUCUCUACAUUUUGGUAGUGGUACAUCAGACCAUCCGUCCAGAGAACCUAGUGGAUUGGCAUCGGUGAAAAGUAUGUCGUCAUGGAAACAGACCGGCCCAGGGUCAUCAGGAAGCAGGAAGAAAUGAAUGACAGAAACCUGACGUGGAUGCUGUAGUUUCUGAUUGUUUUCAAUUCCUAAAUCUUACUGGUAUUCAGUUAGGAUUAGCUAGGGGGCAUGUAUAAAUGUGGAAGCAUGUAGAAAAAUGUGAUAACAGAGCAGUAUUAUAUUUUAGUUAAAUAUACAUAUAUUUUGUCAUGUCUGUGCAACAAGAUCGUGUCUCCUAAAAUGGGCCGUUCGUGAAACGCGAGUUUCAGAAUGUCAAAAUGUAGUAUCUCACUUUAAAUAACCCGGAUGUGCACACACUUGAUGGACGUCGAGUUACGACCUUGGCCAAGUUCGGGCAAGGACCAUUAGUCGACUAGUGGUUGAUUUGUGACGUACCUUACGCCUGCGCACUGAU